AACAACCACAAGAAAACCACAAAACCAAGAUGGCGGUGCAAGAGACAGCAUCUCAACUGUCCAUGGCUCUCAAAGUCCAAGAAUAUCCCACCCUGAAGGUCCCCUACGAGACUCUGAACAAACGUUUCAGGGCGGCUCAGAAGAACAUUGACCGGGAGACAAGUCACGUGACGAUGGUUGUUGCAGAGCUGGAGAAGACGCUGAGCAGCUUCCCAGUGGUCGACUCUGUGGUGUCACUGCUGGAUGGUGUGGUGGAGAAGCUCAGCGCCCUGAAGAGGAAGGCUGCCGAGUCCAUCCAAGCAGAAGACGAGAGCGCCAAGCUGUGCAAGCGCCGCAUCGAGCACUUAAAGGAGCACAGCAGCGACCAGCCGGCCUCAGUCAACCUGUGGAAGAAGAAACGCAUGGACCGCAUGAUGGUGGAGCAUCUGCUGCGCUGCGGCUACUACAACACAGCUGUUAAACUGGCCAGACAGAGCGGUAUAGAGGAUCUGGUCAACAUCGAGAUGUUCCUCACAGCUAAGGAGGUGGAGGAGUCUCUGGAGAGGCAGGAGACGGCCACUUGCCUAGCCUGGUGCCAUGACAAUAAAUCCCGGCUCCGCAAGAUGAAGAGUUGUCUUGAGUUCAGUCUGAGAAUCCAGGAGUUCAUUGAGCUCAUUAGACAAAACAAACGCAUGGAUGCAGUCAGACAUGCAAGGAAGCACUUCAGCCAAGCAGAAGGUGGACAGUUGGAUGAGGUUCGGCAGGUCAUGGGCAUGCUGGCCUUCCCAUCAGAUACACAUAUCUCUCCAUACAAGGAUCUUUUGGAUCCAGCCCGCUGGAAGAUGCUGAUCCAGCAGUUCCGAUAUGACAACUACAGACUGCACCAGCUGGGAAACAACUCUGUCUUCACUAUCACCCUACAGGCUGGUCUGUCUGCCAUCAAGACACCUCAGUGCUACAAGGAAGAUGGUACCUCGAAGAACCCAGACUGCCCUGUGUGCAGUAAAUCUCUCAACAAGUUGGCUCAACCACUACCCAUGGCCCACUGUGCUAACUCCAGACUAGUCUGUAAGAUCUCUGGGGAGGUCAUGAAUGAAAACAACCCUCCAAUGAUGCUUCCUAAUGGCUACGUCUACGGCUACAAUUCGCUUCUGUCCAUCCGCCAAGAUGACAAAGUGGUUUGUCCCAGAACCAAAGAAGUCUUCAACUUCUCUCAGGCUGAGAAGGUCUAUAUCAUGUGAUCACUCAGGUUGACCCGUCUGAGAAUUAACAUGAUAGUGUAAGGCCCGUCAUUCAUCACCUGUGACCUGGCCUACUCGGAGAGCCACCCGUGGAGCUGUGAUCCAGUACCCCCACCGCCCCCGAGACACACCCGAUAUUUCCCACAACACCCCAGCCCCCCGCCCCAUUCAUGAUCAGCUCAAGAUUGCCAGUUCCCUUCCCCCUCCCAUUCUAUCACACAGAAACUGGACUCCUUUCAGACUGUUUUAGAUGUGGCUAGAUAACAAGAAGUUGUGUGAUCUGAUCCAUUCAAGCACAUGGACUAUCAACAUUGUCAUUAUUUUACAGGCCCUCACUCUGAUGGUUAGAGACUACAGGAAGGGACUGAGGGGGGUGAAAAACUGCUAGGUAGAUACUUGAUUUUACUACAACAAAUAAAAACUUGUUGAGGUUA